UCGUCCUGCUAACGAGCCUCGAAAGAGGCGCCUAUCGAGGGAUUAGGUCUCUGAGUCGACUUCUUUGAUUUCGCGCGAUACAUCUCGCCUGAUAAUCAGAUAUUUCGCUUUCUAUCGACAAGACAGUGAAAGUUAUUGAUUCACAUUGUGAAAUACAUUUCAGUGAUAUUCGCUGCUCUUUUUACCGCAAGGGAUAAUAUUUACAAGAAGCUUUAUUUAAAAAAAAAAAGCAAAAUGAAGGUGGGGUUAAUGAAGAAAUUUCACUGUUCCACUUUGAAACAAGGCACAGUGCUUAUAGCUGUGUGUCAAUUGUUUAUAUUCAUACCCGGUAUGACAGUAUUGGUUUUGGCAUUGGAGCAUGCCAUGGAGGUUGAAAAAAUGGUGGUCAGAGAUACAGAAGACGCUCUUGCGAGAGAAGCCCUGGAAGAUAUAUCAUCUAAUCAUCUUAACAUCAAAAAAAUGGAUGUGGCGUAUCACAAUGCUACUGAAAUGGUUUAUACGAUAUAUUGCGGAUUGAGCAUUAUAAUGGUCCAUUGUGGCUCCACUAUUUUGCUCCUACACGGCGCGCUAACGAACAAACGCCACCUUAUGGCGCCGUGGUUGAUGGUCACGAUGACGAUAAUAUCAGCGUUGACGCUAUCCUUGUUCUUGGUAGAACAAGACUGUCCCUUUAUUGCUGCUCUUGGCGGCAAAGCAGGCAUUUACGAACGUAUAUUAGUUCUCUGGCUCAUAUUCUUAAGCUCUUACUUGUGGUUCGUGGUCUACAGCACUUAUAAGAGCCUUGAGACGAAAAAGGGACUAACUCACGUACUUCACGGUGUGAAGAAACAGCCCAUAGCAUCAAUGCCGUUCAAAUCGCCUGUACCAGUCGUACAAAUAUCGAAAGCUGUUCAAACAUGCGCAAAUAAGCCGUUCGAGGUUUAAAGAUACUCCGUGGGUGUAAGAGUAACUACGGAAAAUCGGAUUUAUUCAUUACAACGGACAAACUAGUAGAAGUUGAACAUGUCUUUUUCGAGAAAAAGAACGGAAGGUUUAACGAUGAUAAAGAUGGUAAUUUCAUGUUGGAAAAACACUGUGCAUGUUGUAUAACAUGGCGAAGACGUUUCACUUUACAAAGCUCAAAAACAAUUAGCAGUACAAAAAGCUUGCUUCAUACACUACGUAUGUUAUUUCUUGCUCAUGCAUUACAAUUACUUGUUGAUAAUUCGCGUUGUGCAAUAACGAUACUUUGAAACUACACUUUGAACAACAACGCACAGACUUACAAUUAUUCUUAAAUCUGUAAUGAUAAAAUUGCAUAUCGGAAUGCGACGGCGCAUCAUACAUUGUAAUAUAUUUUUCAAUUCGUUUGCUAUCACGAUAAACAUAAAAUCAUUUAAAUUAACAACGACGCUACAUUCAACCGUUUCGGUUACAAUUUUCGUAUAGGCGACGGAAUUAUUCUCCUUCUGUAAGACUGAAUCUUAAUUGUUAGAACAUUCCAAGGUAAUCCAUAAAU